UUAUGUCAAUUGUCUUAUGACAGAUGAUGAUAAGACUACCCAUCCUGCAUUUGAUAAAGUAUUUGGUCCUGGUAUUACACAUUUGUUAUGUAAAUGGCAUGUGCAUCGUGCUUGGCAACGUAAUUUGUGCCGAAUGGUUUCUAAUCAAAAACUUAAAGAUGAAAUCUAUUUUAAUAUGGUAGUAUUACUUGAAGAAACCAAUUCUGCUCGAUUCAUAGUGAUGAUGGAUAAUUUCCUUCAGAAGUUUCGAACUAUUGCACCAUCUUUUAUACAAUAUUUUGAAGAACAUUACUAUAGCCGUGCUAUUCUUUGGUCAAUGGCCCAUAGAAACUUCCCUCAUGCGUUCACAGAUACCAAUAUGUAUUGUGAAUCGUUUCAUAAUAAAUUAAAAACUACAUAUUUUAGACGAAAAUUUAACAGGCGUUUAGAUAAAUUAAUUGAAGUACUUUUAAAAAUUGAAGAGGAUACAUACAUGGCUCACAGCUAUAAAAUUAAAACUAAUUACAAGCAGAGUACUUGUCCACCAACAUAUAAUAAGCGACAUGAUUCGGGAAUAAAAAUUUUAGAUAGUGAUGUAACAGGGGCUGGUUUUUUGUUGUGGAUUGUAAAAUCACAGACUUCUAAUAUUCAGUAUACAGUUAAAUGCUUAUAUGAGUUAUGUCCUCAAACUGAUCACUGUUACUCUAAAUGUAUUAGCUUAUCUUGCCUUAAUUUGUGUAGUCAUUUAUAUAAUUGUAAUUGUCCAGAUUUCAGUCCAUUAUGUAAACACAUUCAUAAAGUACAUUCAGUCAGACAAAGAGAUCCAUCCUUCUUCGUAACAGAUACUUAUAAAAGCGAAAGCUGUUCAUCAGCCAUACAAACAGGUACAAAGUCUGUUAUUUCGAAUGCAGUAGCAUGUAACUUAGAACAUAAAAUUGAUAAUUGUAAGACUUUAAUAUCUGAAUUACAGGUUAUGCUGCCUAAUCCAACAGUUAAAAAAAUAUUGUUGCCUACUAUAACAAAAAAUUUGAAAGAAAUUGUUUCUAAUUGUAAAGGUGUAAUAGAGUCGAACUAUCUGAAAGAAUUUCCUGACAAAAUGCCAUUUGUCAGUGUUCCCCCAAAUUUAAAAUUAGCCCGUCAGACUUUGUUUCGUACAACUGCUUCAAAAAGUGCAAAGCGUAAAAUUUCAACUUACCUGAAUAUUCAGAAUAAAAAAAAAAACCGUUAA